AUGGUGCAAUCAGAUGACAGCCAGGCAGGAAGCACUAGCUGGACCCAGCCAAUCAUCGAUUUUCUGGAGAGGGGCAUCUUGCCAGAGGACAAGCUGGAAGCUAGGAAGCUGCGAAUGAAAGCCACAAGAUAUCAUGUUAUUUCUGGCACUCUAUUCAAAAGAGCUUGCGCCAGCUACGAUCUAUUACAAAGAUGCUUGAGAAAGACCAUGGGAGCCCACCUCAAGGAGUUCCAUGAAGGUGAAUGCGGGUCUCAUGCAGCUGGAAGAAGCUUAUCAAACAAAAUCCUAGCAUACGGGUAUUAUUGGCCAACCAUGCGUGCUGAUGCUAAGAAGUAUGUGCAAAAAUGCGAAAGCUGCCAAAAACACGCAGGCAUGACACAUCAGCCAGCUGAGAUAUUGCACCCCACCUUAACACCCUGGCCUUUCAUGAGGUGGGGCAUGGACAUUGUGGGGAAAUUCCUGUAG